CCUAGUCCCGCCUCGCGGGCCGGAAGUGCGCGCGCCGGCGACAUGGCGGCUGCGGCGGUCCCGCUGCGGAUCCUGCGCCGCCUCUGCCGGGUGUUGCUCUUCCUCUUCCAGUUCUAUAUCUUGUCUGGCGGGGGAUCCUUAAAUUUAGAGCAGUCGCAGCCGCUGGCUCAGUCAAUAAAGGAUCCGGGCCCAACACGUACUUUCACAGUAGUUCCCAGGGCAGCAGAAAGUACUGAUAUCCCACCUUAUGUGAUGAAGUGUCCAAGUAAUGGUUUGUGUAGCAGACUUCCUGCAGACUGUGUAGAAUGCAAGACAAACUUCUCCUGUGUCUAUGGCAAGCCUGUCACCUUUGACUGCACGGUCAAACCUUCCGUCACCUGUGUUGAUCAAGACUUCAAAUCCCAAAAGAACUUCAUCAUCAACAUGACUUGCAGGUUUUGCUGGCAGCUUCCAGAAACCGAUUAUGAGUGUUCCAAUUCCACCAGCUGCAUGACGGUGUCCUGUCCCAGGCAGCGUUACAUUGCCAACUGCACCGUGAGGGACCACAUUCAUUGCUUGGGUGAGUUGGAGUUCAAGGAAAUUCGUGAGCAAAAUACUUUUCUUUAAGCUUACAUG